AUGAAAUCAUUACUUUUGCUCGUAUAUAUUUUAACGUUCAAUAAUGUAACUUCCGACAAUGUCACAGAAUCAAGGGACGAUUCGCCCAGCUAUGGAGUCCUAACACAGUCUCUAAAUACAAGUGAUCCGGGAGAAUAUGAAAACUACGAUGAGUCACUAGAGCCGAAACUAGAGCUCAAAUUAAGACGGGCAGCAAAGACCACAAGAAAGCAAAAACAUAAACCCAAAAUCCAUACUGCAUACAUUCGAUUUGAGGUUCCAAAGGUGGUGGAACCGUGGAAUGAGGACGGUGAAAGUGCGACUGACAUUGUCAAGCCGCGAGGUCCUACAUCAAAUAUAAAAUGGGGUUAUUCGGUGGAUCCAAAGAGACCACUAAAUAAGGAAUGCCAACAAUCCACGCGGUAUUUUCCCGAUCACCCGUGGGUUUUGAUAAAGCAGAGAAAUGAGUUAAUUAAAAAACCACGUCCAUACCUGAAAGACCUGCGCACUUCGAUGUAUAAGAAACAGGAUCCGGAUGAGUGCCAUACGCCCCAAAUGACAAAUGUGCGAGAAUUUCUCGAGUGUCAAAUCAUACGCCAUAUGCGCAUAGCUAUGAUUAUACCGAAAUAUCCCGCAGUUCCUGCAAAAUAACGAAUCUAUAUAAUAUAAAAUACAAUAUUUUCGAUUUGGCGGGCCUUUAUUCUAAAUGCAAGU